AUGACUUCAUGCACGAAUAAACUGCAGGAGGUCUACAACCAGCUGGGCUUCCUCUCCGCGCUGCCUGUGCUGAAUGAGACUCAGCUGAGGGAGGCCAAGCGCGCCUUUUCUGAGCUGGAGGAGGAAUUUGGUGAAGAGUACACUCAGUACAGCCUCCACAAUGUUCACCUUCAAUAUCCCUGGGUGAGGGACCUGACCCAACACCCUCAAAUCAUACAAGUGGUCAAAGCCAUCCUGGGCCCUGACGUUAUCCUGCUGGACUCCCGCUUCAUCUGCAAAUACCCGACACUCAAACCUGACGCCCAGGAGAAUGAAGGAGGAAGAAACGAUGAACUUCCAUAUGUGGCCUGGCAUCAGGACAUGAGGUAUUGGGGUAUUGCUGGCGGCCCGGUCCUCUCUGUGUGGCUGGCUUUAGAUGACUCACUGCAGGAGAACGGCGCCCUCCAGCUCAUCCCAGGUAGCCACUGCGCCGACAUGUUACCCCACCGCCAGGCCACCCGUCCUGGAAACAUGCUGUCAGUCAACCAGGAGAUCCCAGAGGAGCUGCUGCAGACUGAUGAGGCUGUGUUCUGCCCUCUGUUAGCUGGCCAGAUGUCUAUUCAUGAUGGACUCCUGGUCCAUGCCAGUGAUGCCAACACAUCCCAGAGAAGGCGCUGUGGGCUUGUGAUCCGUUAUGUUCCCACCUGUGCACAUCCCACCCAGGAUCCUGAUCGUCCCAGGAAAUUUGCUGCAACAAUGUUGGCCUGUGGAUCGGAUCGCUUCAAUCAUUUCUCCGACAAAACCACAUGAAUCCUUCCUAGAUUCAUCCUACGUGCUACAGUCACUUUACUGAAAUAUGUUUUCAACUCAAACCAAGUGUCUCCUAUGUUGAUUAAUAAUGUAGUUUAACAGAAGAAGGACAGGUCUUUAUGGUAGUUUAUUCUACAUUUCAGAAGUAUUUAUUUAUGUCUGGAUUGUG